UCUACUGUGAGAUAUGACCACCUGUUGCGGUUUAACUGCUCGCUACAGAACAAAUUUUGUUUUUGUUUUGUGCUCCACAAGAAUUUUUACAGAAAAGGCGGACUCCUGCUUAACAACGUCUUGGGAGUAAGUGGGGCGUGCCUAAUGUGGUGUACGAAAAUAGCGAAUUCAUACGAAGUUUUAUUUGUUGGCAGAUUUAUUAUAGGGGUCAAUUGUGGGCUGAAUACUUCCCUAGUACCAAUGUAUAUAUCGGAAAUAUCGCCUUUGAAUUUACGAGGUGGUCUUGGCACUGUCAACCAACUCGCAGUAACAUCUGGUCUUCUUCUAUCCCAAGUUCUCGGUAUCGAACAACUAUUGGGAACCAACGAUGGCUGGCCACUUCUCGUAGGACUUGCUGUAGUACCGGCAGUUUUACAGUUGGUUCUUCUUCCAAUCUGUCCUGAAAGCCCACGCUACCUACUGAUCACGAAGCAGUGGGAGGAGGAGGCGAGAAGGGCAUUAAGAAGGUUGAGGGCUAGCAAUGCCGUAGAGGAAGAUAUCGAAGAAAUGCGGGCGGAGGAGAGGGCCCAGCAAGCUGAAGCGUCGAUUAGUAUGUCGGAGCUGAUAUGUUCUCCAAGUCUGAGGAUGCCAUUGGUCAUAGGGAUCGUUAUGCAACUUAGUCAACAAUUUUCGGGAAUCAACGCGGUGUUCUACUACUCUACCAGCCUGUUUGUGAGUUCUGGUCUCCCUGAAGAGAGUGCCAAAUUUGCCACAAUAGGCAUUGGAUGCAUUAUGUUCAUCAUGACACUAAUCUCAAUUCCGCUCAUGGAUCGAAUGGGAAGAAGGACGCUGCAUCUCUACGGUCUUGGUGGCAUGUUCAUCUUCUCCAUUUUCAUCACGAUCUCGUUUCUCAUCAAGGAAAUGAUUGAUUGGAUGUCUUACCUCUCGGUGGUGUCGACGCUGUGCUUCGUCAAAUUCUUCGCCAUGGGACCAGGCAGCAUCCCCUGGAUGAUCACCGCAGAACUCUUUUCGCAAGGACCGCGGCCAGCAGCCAUGUCCAUCGCUGUGCUGGUCAACUGGACUUCAAAUUUCAUAGUGGGCAUUUUAUUUCCCACGAUGAAGAAUGCCUUAGAUAACUACACCUUCCUGCCAUUCAGUGUUUUUCUGGCUAUCUUCUGGAUUUUCACAUACAAGAAAGUUCCAGAAACAAAAAAUAAAACGUUCGAAGAGAUCGCAGCGUUAUUCAGACAAGGAAAUGGAAGGGCUAGUUUUCGAGAUAGUCAACUGUACGGGAGUAUGUUGAACUGCGUGAAUGCUCUUGAGCAACAUCUACCCGUAACAGAACAGGCGGGUUUGGUUGUAGCAGAAGAAAAGACGCAACAAGAUUCAUUUCCAAAUCCUUUCGAGAGACGAAUGUACAAAACAACAUAUAAUCCCCGAAGACAUUCAGCAUACGCCACUGUACCAGCUGGCUCAGAACGUUCCUCCCGUGCCGGAGACAACAACACGUCAUGUAGCCGCCCUCCGCCCCCACUGCCGCCUCCGAGAUUUCCAAAUAGUGCCGUUUGACAAUGGGACAGUCUCCACAUCGUCACUACCUUUAGCCUGCCAAUGACACCCCUUCUGGUUCUGGAAGAUCAUCUUGUGGAGAUGAUUACCCAGCGGAGCAAAGCUUGUGCCAGAUACCUCAGACACAGCUUCAAGAGGCCUCACCGCCAUAAGAGUCACUGCUUGACUAACUGAUAAUGAAUAGUAUCCAUGUUAGCGUUGGAUUCGAUCGGGAGAAUUCACUGUCGCGAAGUUUAAGCCGGAUUUGGAGUAGAGGAAAAUUUUUCGAGUCCAUGUUAUCUGAAUUUUGAUUAAUUGCACACGAAUGGAAUCAAUUUAUAUUUGUAACAAGGAAAAUUAUGAAAAGUCCUUUUUCGAAUAUAUUUUCAUUAUUUUUCACACUACUGUGGUUAUGCUAAUUGAGAACAUGCACUUAUCAUUAAAAAUCAUUUGAAUAUAGUUGGUCAGUGAAUGUUCCCUUGAGAAAUGGAAAACCUGAAAAUACAAAAAAACAUAAUUCAUUCACAAAUCAGGCAAAUCGAAAAAUUCUCACUCCAGACCGUUAAUAAAUUGUGCGCACUCGUGAUAGGUGAUUAUGAACUUCAUAACACAUCUUCCAAGGUUUCAAAAUGGCCUUAAAAUGCUCAGUUUAAUUCGAAUAAAUAUGAAAUGAAUGCCGUCAGUGCCGUCAUAAAUUUAUUACAGACUGAAACAUAAGGUGGCCCGAAGUCGCUAGCCUAUUUUAAAAGAUAAAAUCAAGGUUUAUAUCCGUCUAGAGACCGAAUAAUUGAAACUGCUUGGAAAUAAAACAAUAAACUCAGUGAUACCUAUAGUUAUCACUAUCAUUAUUAAUAUUAGAUGAACCAGAACUGGACAAGUAAUAACAUUAUUUCUAGGAGGAUUUGAACCAAAUUGUGAAUUUCCAAUCGUGUUUGCAAUCGGAAUCUCAAUAGUUCGGUGAAAAACUAAUCAAAUUCGUAAAAAAAAUGGUGACUGGAUGUUAUAGCUUUGAUUUUCCGAAACUGUUAGCAUGCACCUACAUUUUUUCAUUCUCCGUAGAAGUAUGUAGUUUUGUUAUGUGUUACGUAGACAUAUUUAAAAUAUUUUGGGCUAACGUUUGCUUCAUUAACUCUGAAGUGAAAUAUCAAUAGUUAACUUUUUCCUUCGAAACACUGUUAGCUCAAAUCCUCUAUUCGAAAUCUGCGAUAAAUUCCAAAACGUUCUUAUAACCCAACGAUAUUUUUUUGUCAUUAUUUAAUGCGAGUAGGUGUAUUUGCGCAUGAACAUAGUGAAAAAACACUCGAAAAUGGCGUGCUACGGACGUAUAUUGUUUUUGAAGAAGCACUUGCUCGCAAUGCACUUUCGAUCACUCCUGUAUAGAAAAAUCAACAGGUCAGUUUUGAAAAUAACUCAUGUCCCAAUAUUUUUUCAACAACUGCCUAUGAAGGACCUUAUAUGGAUUGAUACAAAAGGAGGCGAAAUCGUUGAUUCUCUCAAGGGAUGACAGAAUAAUACAAAAAGGAAAUGUAUCGUUUGAAAAAGUGUAUAAUGUAAUUUGACAGAUAGUUAAGAAAGGCAGCUAAUAAACGUUUGGUUUCAUUACUGACCUGUUCAAUAAUUCAUGUUCGUCCCUAUGUUACGGCUUAUAUUCUAAAAAAUCCACUGCCAACCCGAUAAAACAUAGGGACAAAUAUGGCUGAACUUUUAAAGAUUCAAAUUGGGAAAUUUUAUAAAAAUAGUACUCAGCAC